AUGCUUGGCAACCGGAAGCCGUGGCCGGACUGGCGCAGGAAAAGAGCGAGAGGUGGAGGCCGGCCCAAAACCGUCGAACCCCGAGUCUGCAAAGAAGAAGAAGGAGACUGGGAGGAGGAAGAGGCCGAGGACCCGGGGUCCGCCGACUGGUGGCCGCCCUUUCAGCCGCGGCAACCGCGGCCGCCACCAGGUCCUCCGCCAGAUCGAUGGGCAAGCUGGGACGAUGGAGACUGCGAGCCAGAGUCCGCGCCGUCCACACCUAGUCUGGCUUCCCAAAGCACUUCAGCGACGAGCCUGCCCGCCGCCAAGCCUGAGCUGGGCGACAGCUCUUCGAGCGAGGAUGAGCUAGGGCAGUACCUGGCCCUCCUGAACAAGGGGCCCCCGAAGCCCAAGAAGAUGCCGAAGCCGAAGCAGAGGCCGCCGGUCUCGGGCGCCUCUGUGGCCACAUCGAAGUAUCCGCCACCGAAGCGAGGCCCAACUCCAAUGGCGCCUCCAGAUGCUCCGGAGGCGCCAAAACGGCUGCGCCUCGAGGCCAAGGAGCCCGAGAAACGGACCAUCAUCCGGCCCAGCACGAAGGCGGGACCAAAACCCCUUCCCACUUCGGCGAAGGCGCCAAUGGCGCCGGCGCCUCCUGUGGUGCCGUCUCCGAUCCGACCCCCUCUGGUCUCGGCGCCAGUCCAGGUCACGCCUGCCAACAACCUUCGCAUAGGCCGUGCCAGAACGAGCGUCCCCGUCGUGCCGCCGCGUGGGCAGCCGCGACGGACGCGCGAAACCUCCACAGGGUUGAUGGUGGAUCCCCCUCCGAUUAGCGAGCUGCGAGACUCGCGGCCAUGUCCGUUUCCGGGCCCUCCGCCAGUGGAGGAUCCUCCGUAUUGGGCUCUGCAGCAGCCGCUCCUGAACUCGCAGCUUCUGCUUCCACCAUCGCACCUGCCGCUGGCUCUGCCAGCGCCGCCACCGCCUCCGCCCUUGGAUUCCCAGCCCGAGAGCCUCGCUCCAGCUCCAAUGACGGAUGCACUGGCACUUUGCGAGCCAUCCUCAGGUGACGGAAUAAUCUCAAUCGACAUCGACGAAGACGCUAUAGCUGUGGCGAACGUGCUGCAGCAGGACUCUCAGCAUGCGGAGUUUUACGAAGUUCUGAAGGAGUUUCAGCGAAAGGCCGCGCACGUUCUAAAGGGUUCGCAUGCGCCGGUCUGCAUCGAUGUCCGCCUCGGCGGCCAAAUCACCGACCUGCCGGACUUGGCACUAGGCGCGCCCUCUGCGCCCUCCAUGCCCUCCAUGCCCUCUCAGCUGGCUUUGCCCUCCGACACUGGUUCUGGUGAUUCUGGCUACUACGCGAACAAUGGCAACUGGAAGGAAGCUUUGCCUUCCUCUUUCGCGGCCGUGCGCAUUGUCAACGCUAAAGACGUCCGCUUCUCGCAGAAGUCUAUGAAGCGGCGGUUCCAGGAUGGACGCAGCCUGGAGGAGCUGAUCCAAGGCCUCAUGAGGGGUACCUACAACCCCAUGACGGAUGAGUUUCUGACGCUGACCGUUGUGGAAAAGUCCGACGCCCAGGGGAACCCUGCCCUGUACUCGAAGGACAAUCGGCGGCUCUACUGCCUCCAUGAAUAUCAAAGACGCAUAUGUGCUGAAAGGGUGCCUGUGCGGGUCCGUAUCCUCGCAUGGCAAGACGUGGUCGAUGCCUGCAAGUUUCAGAGGAACUAUGACACCGAGCAGGACGGAACUGAUAUUACGCUUCGAAACUGA